AAUUACAGUGAGGAAGCUCCUCUCUCCCAUUCAUGCUGAGUUUCCCCAAAGCAAAUGCAGCGCCGGACGGUGAUGGGAAGCGCUGCCAUAUGGCACCCAGCCCCAGCAGGUAGCCCUGAGCCUUACCUUGAACUCCAGGAGCAGCAGGGCAGGCAGGGGGGGUUACCCUCCACCUAAGACGCUUGGGGAGGAGUUGCCACUGCAGUUGCUGAAGGAGACAAGUAGCCCCCACACUCAGUCUGUAGUCAUUGCUCCCAUGAGCCUCUCUGGGCCACCCUUGGCUCCCAACUCCCUGCAGGCUGGAGAAUGUGCCACCCAGUGGGAGUUGGUGACUGCCCCAGGGACUUUGCUGAUGGCCUCUCUGGGGAGAAGGAGAUAAGAAGGGGUGAGUGUAGGAGAACCCUACCAGAAUGACUUACUGAGCCCCAUUCCAUGGAGAGUUAACAUGACUUUUACAGACCUGACCAAUGACAGUGUGGGAAACCACACGGAACCCCACAUUAGAGGGGAUAAUGACACUGAGGACCAUGCCAACGGGACCUCCCUGAGUCUGGCCUUGGACCUGCCGGCUCUAAGUGUCGGGAUCGUCCUGGCUGUCUUCAUCCUCUUUGCCAUAGUGGGCAACAUCAUGGUCAUCUUGUCGGUGGCUUGCAACAGGCAGCUGCAGACAGUCACCAACUACUUUAUCGUCAACCUGGCCAUCGCCGACCUUCUGCUCAGCACCACGGUGCUGCCUUUCUCCGCCACCCUGGAGGUGCUGGGCUUCUGGGCGUUCGGAAGGGUCUUCUGCGACAUUUGGGCAGCGGUGGAUGUCCUCUGCUGCACUGCGUCCAUCAUGAGCCUCUGCGUCAUUUCUAUAGACAGGUAUGUCGGGGUGAAGUACUCGCUGAAGUACCCCACCAUCAUGACCGAGAAGAAAGCUGUGGUCAUCCUCAUCCUGCUCUGGUUGUCUUCUAUGGUCAUCUCCAUCGGACCUCUCCUGGGCUGGAAGGAGCCUCCACCUCCAGAUGACAGCAAGUGUAGCAUCACAGAGGAGCCGGGAUACGCUCUCUUCUCUUCCCUCUUCUCCUUCUACCUGCCCCUCUUGGUCAUCCUUGUCAUGUACUUCAGAGUCUACAUAGUGGCCAGGAGGACUACCAAGAGCCUGGAGGCUGGGGUGAAGAAGGAAAGGAACAAGUCCAUGGAGGUGGUGCUCAGGAUCCACUGUAGAAGUGUCCUAGAGGAGUCCAGCUCCAGUACCAGGAACCACAAGGGUCAUACCUUCAGGAGCUCCCUGUCCGUCAGACUCCUCAAAUUCUCCAGGGAGAAGAAGGCCGCCAAGACCUUGGCCAUCGUGGUUGGGGUGUUCAUCCUCUGCUGGCUCCCCUUCUUCCUUAUCCUACCGCUGGGGUCGUUUUUCCCCGCUCUGAAGCCCACGGACUCUGUCUUCAAGGUGAUCUUCUGGCUGGGCUACUUCAACAGCUGCGUCAAUCCCAUAAUAUACCCGUGUUCAAGCAAAGAGUUCAAGCGGGCGUUCAUCCGAAUACUAAAGUGCCAGUGCCGGCGGCGGAGGCGGCCCAUUUGGCGGGUCUACGACCAUCAGUGGAGAACGUCCAUGACCAGCUCGGGCAGAGGGUCCGACGGGGAACAUCACCCCAACUUUACUCCCAUUAACUCUUCCUUCAUUUUCAACCCCGGCAACCACGGCAUCGCCGGCAAGCGGAAAAACACGGAUUUCAGGCGGUGGAAGUUCAUUUCCCCGUUCCAGAGACCGUCCUCUCAGCUGAAGGAGAAAAUGAACAGCCUUUCCCACAAAAUCCGGAGCGGCUCCAACAGGAGCAACUCGUCUGCUGCUUACAAGAGCGAGGUGGAGUCCAUCUCUAUGGCCGUGUCCAAUGACUUCACGGAGCUGGACUACCAGAUGUACGACGUGACGGACUGCUGCGGCCUCAGAGAGACGGACAUUUAGCCGGAGUUCCUUAGCGUCGGGUUGGAGUUUUUUUUUUCAGUGGUCGGAAUAAACAUGGUUAUCUGUGUCAGUGAGAUAAAGGGGCUCAUUUGCUAACUAGGCAUAAGGCGCGCCAACAACAAAAUGGUGGCUGCUGUGACUUGUAGGCACCACUUGGGGAAAUCUUGCCCAGAGUAUGGCAGUGAAUAUAUUAGAGGGGGAAUGGCUGGGUGCGACCACUAUUAGUGGGGUGUAGGGGACAACCCAGUCAGGUGCCCUGUGGUAAAAAACAAAAACAUGUAAUUAGCAGGUUGGGGCAUUUGGGAGAUUGGGCAGGAUAGGACAGGGCUGGGGCCUCCUUCUACUUGUUGGCAGGAGCCACCAUCCAGGGGGCCAAAGAUACCGGUGGGCCAAUAACUGGCACAUAUUAGCUUGGGGCCCCCAUGGUUACUGAUGGCACCCCCGGGUACGAUGCAGACGUCAACUGUAUUUGUGAAGUCAUAGUGAUGUAAGCCAAUCACGUCAAUCACCCACUGUCAGUAAUUUGCACCCAAAACCUAUUUACUCGCUCCGAGGGGCAUAUUUAUAUAUAGGCACCCGAGGGCCAGUGUCUAGGGCAGGGGGGCCAGGAGAGGGAGGAUUUGUGGCGUGUGUAGCGUGGCGUCAAAAUGUUUGGAUACGCCCACUUUGUUUGGCCAAUGAGAGCCCCCCUGAGUCCCACCCACGCUGUCUUUUUCCUGCCCCUCUGCCUCCGUUUACCUGCAACUUCCAAAACCAGGGGUUAAAUUGUUGGGGGGGCGGCCUCAGGGUAGGACAGGAGGGGAGGAUGUUGGGU